AUGGACACCCACGACGACCCGAGUGCUACCACCACCACCACCGACUACGAUUCAGGUGAUAGUGUGAUCAUUGCCUACGUCUACGAAGGACAGAAGGCCACCGAGAGGAGGAGCACAAAGGGGAGAAGCCCCAGAAGAAAGAGGUCGCCCAAGCCCAAGCAACGCGGACUCGCCAAGUGCACGUGUGGAGCAGGUCGAGCGGAGGAUGAAGACGAAAUCACCGUGUUUGAAGAGGACACCGACACCGAGGAUGAACGAGCACGGCGGAAGCGCUCAACAAAACCACGGCCGUCUGGGGCCGGGGUUGCCUCGGGAUGUGACGCCAAAGACCACCACAAGGUUGACAAGAAGAAGGCCACCGAGAGCAAAACCCGGCGUGUGCAGACCCCUUAUAUUGAAGACUACCCAGACGAUGCUCCGAGACCAACGAUCAUCCUGAGAGAACACAGGCUCCUACGGAGGUCAUCGACCUCCGACGCGAGGCGUGUGCGAGACUCGGAGGAUUGUUCGCCCUCGGGCUCCCGGGAUAGAUCCUCGUUAGGGAAACGACUACCACAGCGACCGCCUCGCCAUUCUUCCAAAGAGUCACCCAAGCAUCCCAAAUCUCACAGACGCCACCACCACCACCACCACCACCACCACCAUCACACACACGAAACACAUGAGAAUAAAUCUUCCGGGUCCGAGGUCAAAGGCUUCCAAUCCGACUCUGGGGAGUCGGGCUUGAAUCCGCACCGUCCGCGCUACGACCCCGGUUCAGAGCCGGCAUCCACGGUUGCUCGCAGUUCAGCAUGGAACGACAACUCCCAGCCAGAGUACUCGUCUUCGUGGCCACGGCAUGGCGAAUCGCACGUUCCCCAGCGACAACUCGGAUACGAUGACCGUGAUCACGACAGCGAGGAGGGAAGUGACGAGCACUCCCUGAACUAUAACAGCAACUACGACUCUCACCGCCGUCUUCUGCUGAGAGGGGCUCCGUCAUUCCAAGAACAGGCCCCUGAAAAGCAACUGGAACGUCAUCGCGAGCUACUGCAGCAGGCGACGCCACCGCCGGAACACGAUCGUGGAAACGAGCGCGAAAGGCCAGGUCCCUCGCCGCGCCGCCCAAGGACCGUCGUCAGCAGCACUAGCAUGGCAACCACGGAACAGGGCUAUCGUUCUGUUGCCACCUCUGUCUGUGAGGUGUGGCGUGGCAAAGCCGAGGAUUGGGAAUCUCCGUACGUCUCGGCCAGCGAUGGGGAUUAUGAGUCAGACGCCGAGGAGCCUAUUCAGCUUCUUCGGAUGGAGGAUUUACCGCCGCGCAAGUCUUCUCCUCGGCUCCUUCCGCCCCGAGGCGAGCGAAGGGAAUUUGGGUUCCGACCAACCCCACCACCGCCCCCUCCGUACCCGCGACAUCAUCCAGCCUACAUGGAAGAAGAUUCAUUCCACCCUGACCAGACUUGGCCUUCAUCUAAGCGGGAUGGGCUUCUUCUCCUGGAAGGUCCGCUAGCCUUGACAAUGGAACCGGAUGCGAUGACGGAUGGCGAAGAUGAUGUACACGGGCAGCACGGCAUGCAGCUUCAAUCCCGACAAUCUAGUUGGUCGAGGCCCGGGCCUCCCAAAGGUUGGACAUACCCCCUCUCCCCGCGGUCCCGCGCCGUCUCGCCCGUCUUUUCGGCAAGGAGAACGCGAGAGUUUCUUUCGCCCACGCCGACGAGGGCGGCACGGUUUGAUUUCGACGCGUGGGGGUGCGGCCGUUCGUCGAGGAGCUCGCUGGCUCUUGCAUUACGGUAG